GUUCAUUGGCCGUCCCGGCGCAGCCCAGGGCCGUAGGGGAGAGACUCUGUGGCCUCUGACCGCAGGCUCCGCCCGGGGUCGGUUGAUGCGCGAGUUUGUGGGUCGGUGAGUCGGGGCGAUCAGCUUCGCCAUCGCCAUGGCGCCCCUGCUGUGGCUGCUGGCGCUACUCCCGGCCGCGGCCCCGGUCCCGGUCCCCGCCGAGCCCUGGGCCGACAACGAACAGGCCUGGAACCUCUCGUUCCCGGAGCUGCUGGCGCCCGCCCGCUUCGCGCUGGACAUGUACAAUUACGGCCGUAGUGCGGGGUCGAAGGCCACGCUGGGGGCCGUACGCGGGCGCGUCCGCCAGGUGGGCCUGGGCUCUCUGUUCUUUCUGCAAGCCACUAUGGAGGAGCCGCCUUGCAAUGAUCCCCAGGUGUGCCUGCUCCCUGAGUCCAAGAAAAUCAUGCUCUGCAGCUUUGAAGUCCUGGAAGAGCUAGGAAAACACGUGCUGUUGAAGAAAGACUGUGGCCCAGUGAAUGCCAAGAUUACAGAGUAUGUAAAUGAGACUUUCCGAUCGUUCCUGCCGAUGAUGAACAAGGAUCCCCUGCCCCGGGACUUUUCUGUGAAGAUGGUUACACUCUUCAAGGACUUCAUGACUACCUAUAACCGCACUUACAGAUCAAGGAAAGAAGCCCAGUGGCGCUUGGCUAUCUUUGCCAGAAACAUGAUCCGAGCUCAGAAGAUUCAGGCCCUGGACCGUGGCACAGCUCAUUAUGGGAUCACCAAGUUCAGUGACCUCACAGAGAAGGAAUUCCAAACCAUCUACCUCAAUCCCCUCUUACAAAAGGAGACUGGCGGGAAGAUGAGUAUAGCCAACCCCAUAAAACAUCUCGCCCCACCUGAAUGGGACUGGAGGAAGAAAGGGGCUGUCACUGAAGUGAAGGACCAGGGCAUGUGUGGCUCCUGCUGGGCCUUCUCUGUCACAGGCAACGUGGAGGGCCAGUGGUUCCUGAACCGGGGGACUCUGCUCUCCCUGUCAGAGCAGGAGCUCUUGGAUUGUGACAAGAUGGACAAGGCCUGCUUGGGUGGAUUGCCCUCCACUGCCUACACAGCCAUAAAGAAUUUGGGAGGGCUGGAGACAGAGGAUGACUACCGCUACGAGGGCCACGUUCAGGCUUGCAACUUCUCAGCAGAGAGGGCAAAAGUCUACAUCAACGAUUCAGUGGAGCUGAGCCAGAAUGAGAAUAAGAUAGCAGCCUGGCUGGCCCAGAACGGACCAAUCUCAGUUGCCAUCAAUGCCUUCGGCAUGCAGUUCUAUCGCCACGGGAUUGCUCACCCAUUCCGGCCCCUCUGCAGCCCUUGGCUCAUCGACCAUGCUGUGUUGCUGGUGGGCUAUGGCAACCGCUCCAACAUUCCUUUCUGGGCCAUCAAGAACAGCUGGGGCAGUGACUGGGGUGAGGAGGGUUACUACUACUUGCAUCGUGGGUCCGGGGCCUGUGGUGUAAACACCAUGGCCAGCUCUGCGGUGGUGAACUGAGGGACUUGCUGGCACGAAACCUGAUGCUGACCACAGCGGCCCCUUCCUUAGCCUGACUAAUGCCUGGCCCUGCCUCAGGAGGCACAGCUGGCUGAGGGACAGGCACUUUGUACCUCAGGGUGAGCAGUGGGCCCUGGGCCCCUUCUUCCCUUCCUGUCUCCCUCUCACGCCCACCUGAAGCUCCCCAGGUCUAUCUCUGCGAAACUGUGAUAGCAAGGAGGAGCCUGAGGUGCAGGCGGCUCAUAGAAGCCAGCGCCAGGGCAAGAACCCUGGGCUCGGGUAAGAUGCAGGAUGAAAAUACUCUCAUCACAAACCUAGAUCUGUCCUCAGCAGGCUCUGGCUUCCUGUCUUGGUUUUCCUCAGUCUGACGCGGUAAACUUUCCGGUCCCCUUCCACAUCCAGGGAAUUUGUAACCAGCCUUCUCUAAGAGCAAUAAAGAGGUUCCCUGCUC